AUGCUACCAUGCCGAAUUGGACUAUUGAAAUCUAUACUAAAAUCCACAGCAAGGAUUUGUUAUUGUGAAAAAGGUGUCAAAGUAGCAGGACAACCAAGUUUAAUAUUCAUACAUGGAUUUGCAUCUAGUAAACGAACAUGGCUAUCUGUGAUAAAACAUAUUCCACAUACAUAUCAUUGUAUUGCUAUUGAUUUGCCUGGUCACGGCGAAAGUAUCGGUUUUAAUGAAGAAUAUUAUAUCGGUGCAAAUGUUAUAGAUCUACUUAAACAGUUUUUUGACAAACUGCAUUUUAUCGAACCCAUAUGUCUUAUUGGUGAAUCAAUGGGUGGUUCAAUUGUUGCAAUGUUUGCCACAAAAUAUCCAUUUGAUGUAGGCAUAAUUUGUUUACUUUCUCCUCCUCCUGGUGAAGAAUAUGAAACUGAUUUGCUUCAACAAUUACGUUCGGGAACAUAUCAUUCAAUUCUACCUGAAACACUUAAACAAUAUCAUGCUGCCGUGAAAUCAUUAUCAGAGAAAAAGAUUCGUUUAACACGAUUACUGACUAAAAAAUAUUUUAAAACACAUUUACACACAGUGAAUCAAUAUCAAAGAAUUCUUCAAAUUGCCUUUGAACAUGACUAUCCAAAUCUUGGAGAAACCUAUAAACAAUUAAAAUAUCACACGUGUCCAGCAUUCAUUAUUUGGGGUCGCGAAGAUAAAUUAUGUCAUCCAGCAGGUGCUCAGUAUUUGGCGAAAUUGUUAUCCAAAUCAGAAUUGAUAAUUUUCGAUGAUUGUGGUCAUCUCAUUACUGUCGAUAAACCUGAAGAAACAGCCGAUGCUAUUAUCAAUUUUCUCGAACGAAAUCCUUACUAUGAAAGCAGGUUGUAA